AUGUUUCCUGCUUUGCGGGCACUCCGCCCUUUCCACACUACGCAGCGCCGCUUGUGCGCCCUUGCAGCCGGUGAGGGAUUGGGGGAUGCCACAGAUGUCAUCCGAACUGCUGUGCAGUCCGACAUCGCCUGUUAUGCAGCAGGUGUGGCCAACCUGACUAUAUUUCAGAAGCCCAAAACCAGCCCGUUUCCUGUGCAAAGAAUCACGGGCCUCGACUCGAAACGGCGUGAUGCAGCGGGCUUGAAGCGCUUCGAGCCCUGUCCAGAAGGCUACACCUUUGUCGAUGCGGACAUUGGCGGUGGCGCCUUUGCCCGCGUAUUUCUCGUGCGGAACGAGGCCACCCAGGAUCUGCAAGCCAUGAAGCGCGUCGAUCGGCAGAAGCUGGCAAAGCAUUUUCAGAUUUCCGCUGGCGAAGCCGAGCAGAUGGUCGAGCAGGAGUUCUGGCAGAUGCAGCACACAAACCACCCCCACAUCAUCAAGCUGUUUGACUUCUUUCAAGACGAGAGAUAUGCUUAUUUUGUCAUGGAGGCAGUGAAUGGGGGCACUUUGCGCCAGCUUCUGAACAACUUGAAUGCCCCGAAGGGGGAGCGGCCAAAGCUGAGUGAAGGCUUCAUUGCAGAAAUGCUGCAACAAGCCCUGUAUGCCCUGCGACACCUGCAUUAUGAGUCAAGAAUUCACAAAGACGUGAAGCUGGAAAACCUGAUGCUGCUGAGCACUGCGGGGCCCCCUCAUCUGGUCUUGAUCGAUCUUGGCGUGGCGGAGACGUUUCAGUCCUCGGCAGGAGAUGCGCGGCCGAUGCCAGCUGGCACUCCGCAGACAAUGGCUCCAGAGGUGAUUGACUGCAUGCUUGGGCGAAGAAGCAACUUCGAUGACCGCUGCGACGUUUUCAGCUUGGGCAUCGUUGCGCACCAGCUCUUCACAGGUGAUGUGCCCUACAAAGUCGCGUAUCGAGGUGGGGGAUCUUACGGCCCCGUCGACUAUGCUCAGACACGCGCCAACAUGAACUGCGAUCUCACCGCCCAGCUGAAGUCGGCUGGCUGUUCCAAGGGAGUUAUCACCCUCGUCAGCCGCAUGCUGGAGAUGGACCCUGCGAAGCGGCCAUCCACCCUGGAAUGCCUGAGUGACGACUGGCUGGUGCAGAAGUGCGAGAACCGGCGCCUCCGGCGGCUUCGGCUCGAGGGCCGACACUCGCUGGGGGGCGUGGCGCUCUCCCUGGAGGAGGAGGAGGCGGCCGGUGAGGAGCUCCUGAGAUUGGAAAGGCGGCGCAUCUGCAAAGCCUUGGUGCGUUUUGCCAAGCGGACGCCACUGCAGCGGGCUGUGGCCUUCCACCUGGCCUCUUACCUGCCGGUAGGUGAUCUUCGAAGAGCAGCCGAGAGCUUCAAGCGUGUUGACAAUGAGCAGAGCGGUCACCUGACCUACGAUGAGAUUGCAAACGCGCUGGAGGAGGUUCUCGGCAUCGAACGUGAGCACGGCUUGCGAGUUGCAACUGCUAUGGACACGGACCAGUCUGGACGUCUAGAUUUCCAAGAGUUUUCUGCCGCGGUCGCUGUGCUCAGAGGAGAAAGGGAACAGCGCUUGUACGACACACUGCUGGAGAAGAUGCAGAUCGACCCUGCGAAGGACCUAACCCUCCAGGAGGUCCACGCAGCUGUGGAGGUAGCCCUGAAAGGUCCCGUGACUCGGGAGGUGCUCGUCGAGUGGCUGACGAAGGUGGCCAAGCGAUCGCACUGGGACCUGUACAAUGCCCCAGUGGCAGGAAUGGUCUCGAAUGCUGAUUUCCGCCGUCUUUUUGGUCAGUCCAGGGUGUAA